AUAAAUACACAAUCAAGGAUAUGUCUUGUGGAAGCAACAACAAACCUCGGAAAAUUUCUUCUUGUCUCUGUCACAAUCAUCGUCUUCUUUCUAUAAUUCCAUAAUCAUUUUCUCAUCAAUUUCUCAAAGUUUGUUUAUUUUUUCUUCAAUUGUGUUUGUUCUCUGUAAUCGAUAAAACUUUUCCAAUUUUUGUUUUUGGGUCGUCUUUCUCUGUUGCUUAUUGAAAUGGCAAAUUGGAGACAAAACCAAGGGAUCACUAAUCAUCAAGUGGGUCACUGGGGAUCCUCGUCUUAUAACGGAAAACCACCUUUGGAUAAUAGGUUUCCAACAGUUCCUGCAUGGGAAAAGAAAUUUUGUGCUUCGGUUGGCUCAGUUCCGUGGAAAAAGGUAAUAGAAGGCAAGAGGUAUAUGUAUAUGCAUUCCAGUGUGGUAAACUGGGAAGACUCUGCUGUCAAAGAGGCUUUUGACAAUGCAAAAAACAGAUUUUGGGCCGAGAUCAACGGCUUUCACUGCAACAUUCCGUUGCCUGAUCCGGACAUGUACAUCGAUAAUGUAGAUUGGGAUGCAAGUGUUGAUCCUGAACUCUAUCUGGAUUUGGAUAGAGAAAUAGAGGCCAGUCGGAAUAUGUUAGAAAAGAGCCAGGAGACUGUGAUUCUGGGAAGUUCUCUCUUAUUAAAUCAAUCGUUAUCCGGUCCUGGGUGGGGAAUAGAACCUACUGGAUGGGGGGACGACGAAGAAGUAACAAAGCCUCCUGAACCAAAUCCGGCCUGUGGAUGGGGAUGGGGGGCCGAAGAAGAAGUUACAAAGCCUCCCGAACAAAGCUAUGCUGGUGAUGGAUGGGGAUCAAACAACCAUGAAAAUAAUGAAAGAAACUCUUGGGAACAGAAUGAUUCUCAAAGGUGGAUUCCAAAGGAACAAUAUGGUGGUGACUUGCAUGACAAGUAUCAAGCAAGUAAUGGUGGGAACAGAAAUUGGGGAGCAUGGGAAGGAAAUAACAGAAGGAGAGAGAAUAACAUAUCAUGGUCUAAGAACCAAGCAUAUCACCAUGAUAAUAAUGAGUAUCGAGGAAGAAGAAAUGGAGGAAGAGGGGGAGGAGGAGGAGGAAGGAGGGGAAACUAUACUUAUGCGGCCAAGGUAGCUGCAACUCCCAGUGCAUGGUAAAUUCCUUGGAUUGCAAGAAAGUCCUAUGAAGCUGCUAAAGGUUCAGUUUUGUCAAAGUAGCUGAGGAUGUAGGUUUUGUUAUCUAGGUGUUAUAUAUGCGAUGUUUGAUCAUAUAAGAACUAUGGCUUUUUACUUUUUUUGUUACAUUCAUCAGAUGGCUUUGUGGUCUAUUGGUGUUUGUAAGAUUAGGAAAUAUUUUUGUGGUGAGCAAUGAUUCAGUACAUUAGUACUGGUAUUAUUAAGUAUAUGAAAUAUGCAGUAACAAUAAAAUGAAGCUAAAUUGUUUCA